UCGUCUCGUCCGCUUCCUACCUACUAGCUCUCCCGCGCUCCGUCCACCACCGCGCUCUACACGCGUAACAUGUCAUCCAUUCAUCCUCAGCUCCGAUCCUGGCCUGACGCCCUCACACAGUCACAACUCACAUGGAUGGCUUUGCUAGCUGCCUUGCUGCUCUGGGUUACUUACCGUCCGUGCGGUUUCUUUAGUUUACUACGACGAUAUAAUAUAAAAAAACCACCACUAUCAGUAUAAGUACGUGUUAGAGGGCGUGGGAAUCGUACUCGCUACCAUUGUUUAUCGCUUUCACUUUGAUAGAGUAAUAAACAAUGUCCUUGUGGUCAAACCUCGGCAUAAAUUGGAAUUGCUAUUAAUCUAUUUAAAUUUAAUGGAAGUAUUAUUAUUUAGCAAGUGGAGUACCAAAAAAGAAUGUUUAUAAUAUUAUAUUAAAAGCUUUGUUACAAUGUGUAAAUUACCAAUGGGUACUUUAAAAAAUUUUCUCACUGUUGAUCAAUGAAAAGUAUUUACAAAAGUUAAAUUAAAUUAGUAUUCGGUAAAAGUUUUUGGUACUUGGUUCCACGUUACUUUAAUCUAGAUACUUCCUACCUUAACCACCAUAUGAUUCUGUCAGAUGGGCGGCUUUUAUUUUUUUAAUCAUUGUAAAAAUUCUCUUAUAUUAAAUCCAGCUCAAAAAUUCAAAUUAUUUUAGAGUUCCAAUUAUACACGCGUUGAUACUUUUUUUACUACAAACAAUAAUACGACAACAUGGCACUAUCUCAUCUAUAACUGUAUAUAUUCCUAUGGUGCAAUUCAUUAAAUAUCUACUACUUUACUUUCAUGAUAUGCUAACGUAUGCUAAAAAUUAGAUGUUAAACCGUCUUUCGAUAAAAAUUAGAUGUUAAUCCUGUUAGUUGUUCUCUGAGUUACGGAUUUCGCUCACGUUUAUGUAAAAAAAAUAUCCUAAUAAUACAUGUUCUAAUGAAACACUAGAAAGAAUACGGCACCGAGAUAUUGGAUCGAUCACUCGUUGAUGGAAGAGCUGAGCUGCGAAUGAAGAAACCAUACCAAGAGUUAUACUCGGUCUUUCUUUUGAGGUGGAGUGAGAUUAGUGAGCGAGAGGAAGGGGACAGAGCCAAAGGAGGGAGGGGGAGGGGGAGGCCCACCCCGGAGAGGAGAGGAGAGGAACCACUUGCGUGCUGGCCUCUCCCACUGUUGUGACUGGUGCCACCUCCCCUUCCUUUCUCCCCCAAUCCCACCCUCUCCCCUACUACUGCGGUGCGGGUGGCUGCUCUGCUCUGCUCCCCUUGCUGCUUUUCCACCCUCCCCCCUCUCACCUCCUCACCUGCUUUACUCCUCCCUCUUCCAAUCAGCCCAAUCUCAUCUCCCCCGUGUCCCUCCCGCUGUUCCGGUGUUCCCCUCUCCCACCCCUCAUCCCCUAGCUUAGCUUCCUGUUCAGCUCUGCUUGCUUGGGUGCUUGGUUCCUGUUGCUGUUCUCUCCCUCGCUGCUCACCUCCUCCUGCCGCCUCCCUUCACAAGGUCAAAGCGCUGCUGCUUCCUGGAGGGGGGAGAGGAGAGGAGCCGGAGCCGCAAGAAUCAGGUCGAGAGACAGGAGGGAGAAAAGGGAGGCAGGAGACUACUGCUGCUGCUGGUACUGGACAAGGGAGAGCCCGGGGUGGAGGGGCGGAGGCGCUCGCUCGCCUGCUCGCUCGGGGUCGGGGCAUUCAAUUGGAGGCAACAGUGGCCGGGUAGGCGGCAGCUACAGCACGGCGGCAUCCAUAAAUUAGCGAGCUCCCCGAGUCGGCCCGGCCCUGCCCUGCCCCUGUCCGUCCCCAUCGACUCCUCGAUCACGCGGACGCCCGCCGGAGCAUGCGCGCGGCGGGCCUCGGCCGCCGGAGCAGCACCACCACCGGCGCCGCCACAGCCAGGGAGGCGAUGUAGCUCUGCAACCCGCGAGGAGAUGACCGGCACAGCUCGCGGGGGCAGGGGCGGCGGGGCGGGGAUGGAGGACAAGGGCGAGGCGGCGGGGCUGGGCUUCCUGGGGCUCGACAGGAUGCGCCUCCUGCUGCCGCUGCCGCUGCCGGAGAAGCUGUCGGCGAGGACGCUGCGGGCCCACCUGUGCGGCUUCCACCUCAACUGGCGCUGGCGCUGGUUGCAGGAUCGCUGGCGCCAGGUGCUCCUGGUCUGGGUGUUGUUCUGGGUAUUCGCCUCCUGCAGCAUCCUCUGGUUCAUGACCAACCAGGCCGUCGACAAGCAACGGGAGUCGCUCGCCAGCAUGUGCGACGAGCGCGCGCGCAUGCUGCAGGACCAGUUCAACGUCAGCAUGAACCACCUCCAGGCGCUCGCCAUCCUCGUCUCCACCUUCCACCACUCCAAGAGUCCGUCAGCCAUCGACCAGACGACGUUCGCCAGGUACGCGGAGAGGACGGCGUUCGAGCGCCCGCUGACGAGCGGGGUGGCCUACGCGGUGCGGGUCACGCACGCUGAGCGGGAGCAGUUUGAGCGCCAGCAGGGGUGGAGCAUCAAGAAGAUGUACUCCUCUAAGAAGCAGUCGUCGCCUUCGCCGGGGCCGGGGGAUGCCGAGGUGCGGGAGCCGGCCGAGGAGUAUGCUCCCGUCAUCUUCGCGCAGGACGCCUACAAGCACGUCAUCUCCUUCGACAUGCUCUCCGGCAACGAGGACCGCGAAAACGUACUCAGAGCAAGAGAAUCUGGGAAGGGUGUUCUUACUGCUCCUUUUAAGCUGCUCAAUAAUCGCCUCGGAGUAAUCUUAACCUACACCGUGUACAAGACUGAGCUUCCCCCAAAUGCCAGGCCGCAAGAGCGCAUUCAGGCUGCUAUAGGCUAUUUAGGCGGCAUAUUUGACAUUGAAGCACUUGUUGAUAAGUUGCUUCACCAGCUCGCAGGCAAGCAAUCUAUCAUGGUGAACGUGUAUGAUACUACUAAUGAGAGGCCAAUCAGUAUGUACGGUUCGAAUGAUACUGGCAGUGGCAUGUACUACAAGAGCACACUGAACUUUGGUGACCCGUCAAGGAAGCACGAGAUGCACUGCAGGUUCAUGCAGAAGCAACCAUGGCCGUGGUUGGCAAUUACAUCAUCUUUGGGAACUCUUGUGAUUGCUUUACUGAUUGGAUACAUAUUUCAAGCUACUGUAAAACGGAUUGCCAAAGUUGAAGCUGACUUUCAAAAGAUGACUGAGCUCAAGAAGCGUGCAGAGGCUGCAGAUAUUGCCAAGUCACAGUUCUUGGCAACUGUUUCGCAUGAGAUCAGAACUCCAAUGAAUGGUGUUCUAGGGAUGCUUCAAAUGAUCAUGGAUACUGAUUUGGACACAACACAACAGGAUUAUGUUAGAACUGCACAGGCUAGUGGAAAAGCAUUGGUUUCACUCAUAAACGAGGUUCUUGAUCAGGCGAAGAUCGAGUCUGGUAAACUUGAGCUUGAGAUGGUGCCUUUUGAUCUUAGAACAGUUUGUGAUGACAUUUUGUCUCUCUUCUGUGGGAAAGCUCAGGAGAAAGGACUAGAGUUGGCAGUGUAUGUUUCUGAUCAAGUUCCAGAGACACUAAUCGGUGAUCCCGGCAGAAUAAGGCAGAUAAUUACAAAUCUUGUUGGGAACUCCAUAAAAUUCACAGAGAGGGGUCAUAUCUACUUGACAGUUCAUGUCAUUGAAGAGGUCAUGCCUUCUUUAGAUGUUGGGACAGGAGCUCAGUAUGCAAAUACGUUAAGUGGCUACCCUGUGGUGAACAGGAAGCGCAGUUGGGAAAACUUUCGACUUUUUAAUAGGGAACUGAACUCAUGUGAGAUGCCUUUUGCACCCGUUGCAUCUGACUCAGUAAACUUGAUAAUAUCAGUUGAAGAUACUGGUGUUGGUAUUCCAUUCGAAGCUCAGUCCCGUGUCUUCACCCCUUUCAUGCAAGUAGGUCCGUCCAUUGCUCGCAUCCAUGGGGGCACUGGCAUUGGAUUAAGCAUCAGCAAAUGCUUGGUUGGUCUCAUGAAGGGAGAGAUCGGAUUUGCAAGUAAACCCCAAGUUGGUUCUACUUUCACCUUCACUGCAGUGCUUACGAGGGCCUGUUCUAGCGGAAAUGAGAAUAAACCGUCAGAGUUUAAAGAGAUCAGUGCAUUGGUGUUUGAUCAUAGACCGGUCCGAGCCAAGGUUACCAAGUACCAUUUGCAGAGACUGGGAGUUCAGACUGAAUCGAUGACUGACCUAGAUCAGUAUAUUUCUAAAGUAAAUUUUGGAUUACAGGUUGCAAAGCUUGUGCUGAUUGACAAAGAAACCUGGCUGAAGGAAUCCCAUUCCAUGCCUAUGUUGGUUAGUAAAUUGAGGAACAAAGAUCAGCGAGACUCUCCAAAGUUAUUUCUUUUGGAGAACCCUAAAAGUUCUGUCAUGAACAGUUCAGAUAUAUCCAGGGAAUUCCACUUGAAUGUAAUUAUGAAGCCGCUUCGUGCAAGCAUGCUUCAGGUCUCUCUACAGAGAGCACUGGGUGGGAUAGAUAAAGUCAACUGCAGGAAUGGAGUAGUUGGCAAUUCAACAUUGGGCAGCCUUCUUCACAAGAAGCAAAUCCUCGUGGUUGAUGACAACAUUGUAAAUCUCAAGGUCGCUGCAGGUGCUCUUAAGAAGUAUGGUGCAGAAGUAACUUGUGCUGACACCGGGAAGAAAGCAAUCACACUGCUGAAACCUCCUCACAGUUUUGAUGCUUGUUUCAUGGACAUACAGAUGCCAGAAAUGGAUGGAUUUCAAGCCACGAAAAGGAUUAGAGUGAUGGAAAGAGAUCUCAAUGAGCAAAUAGAGCGCGGAGAAGUUCCGCCAGAAUGUGCAAGCGUUCAGCGAUGGAGAACUCCAAUAUUGGCCAUGACGGCGGAUGUUAUCCAAGCAACAUAUGAAGAAUGCUUGAAAUAUGAAAUGGAUGGUUAUGUGUCCAAGCCAUUCGAGGGCGAGCAAUUGUACAGAGAAGUAGCCCGUUUUUUUCAAAAUCAAGACCAAGUGCAGUAGGUAGGCUCAUAUGGAGUGUAAAAUAGUGGAGGAUAUCACCAACCGUUCACCCGUCGAGGCACAAAGAAUGUUGCCAAAGAUUCCGUGUUCUAAAGAGUGGGCAGCAAUUUGCAGAGUUAGGGGCCCUGUUAAACGCUAGAAUGCUGGGAUGUGGCCUGCAGUUAGGUGGAAAGACUUUAUGCUGGAGAUGGAACCACCCAUGUUCAAUUCCAUUGUGCACCAUCUGACCAAGCUGCAAAACUGAGUGUACAAUUUCUUGAAAUCAAGAUGCAUGUGCAGCAAUUUACUCGACAAUUUCUUGAAGUCAAGGCGUGUGAAAAAGUCCAGCAGCAUUCACUAGCUGCAGAUCUCCUCUGCCACUGUAAUUUAGCCGUAGGGAGAGAAAUUUUCGUUCCACUUUUUGCUCGGGAACUUACAGCUGUACAUAGUAGGUGUUAGUUGUUUGUGCAGGCAUUUUUUUGGCAUUUUUGUAUGCAUCUUCUUCACAAUGCAUGGUGUCGUAGUGUGCAAAUCCACAGCCGAGUGGCAUAAUGCACCCGUCUAAACCCUGAGGGUGUGUACUCGGGGGUUAGCUAGGAUUAAUUCAAUCUAGAUGUAAGAACACGACGAACACAGUAAGUCUAGAGUGGUUCGGGCCGCCGGAGCGUAAUAUCCUACGUCCACUGUGUGUUGUAUUGCUUGCGCUCUCAAGAGGUUGAGAGUCGGGUUGCUCGGAGUGGAAACUGAGCUUGUGUUGUGUCUGUCUUUUCUUGGCCUUAGCUGAGUCUGUGUGUAUAUCGUGUCUUGUGUGAACCUAUGUUUUAGCGGGCGUGCUCUCUCUUUUAUAUAUCAAAGGGGAGCACGUACACUGAGCGGGGUCCCGACAGGUGGGCCCGGUGAUGUAUUAUAAACUACACUUUGGUCU